AAGAGACAUGCGACACCCAGCCCCGCACCACUGCCACCUCUUUCUGGGCGGGCCUUGCUGCUUCUCCUGGCCAGCUCGGUUCUGAGCUGCCCCGCCCGAUGUGAUUGCUCUGCUCCAAGCAAAUCGGUCAGUUGCCACCGCAAGCGCCUCCUCACCAUCCCUGAAGGCAUCCCCAUUGAGACACGUGUCCUAGACCUCAGUAAGAACAAGCUGCGCGUCAUCACGCCGGACAACUUCUCUUCAUUCCAGCAACUAGAAGACCUGGAUCUCAGCGACAACCUCAUCAGUGCAGUCGAGCCUGGUUCAUUUCGUUCUCAGCUUGCUCUCCGCUCGCUCAACUUCCGCAGUAACCUUCUCCAACUGGUUCUUGUCGGUGUGUUGUCAGGCCUGACCAACCUCACCCACCUUGAUCUCAGCCACAACAGACUGGUGGUUCUUGUGGAUCAUGCCUUUCAGGAUCUGCGUAGGUUGACAUCACUGGAGGUGGGCGAUAACGAGCUGGUUUUCAUCUCUCAGCGGGCCUUUACUGGAUUACUCGGACUUCAAAGCCUGACACUGGAACGUUCCAAUUUGACGGUCGUACCUAGUGACGCUCUGGCACAUCUGCACAGCCUGGUCGAGCUGCGCAUGCGCUACCUGAGCAUUAGUUUUCUUAAGCCUUUCUCUUUUAAGAGGUUAUCUCGUCUCCGCCAUUUAGAGAUUGAUUUCUGGCCCUGGCUGGACACACUGCCUCCCCUCUCGCUGCAUGGCCUCAACCUCACAACAUUGUUCAUAACCAACACUAACCUGACUGCCUUCCCAGGCGCAGCACUGCACAACCUGCCCUACCUCACGCAUCUCAACCUGUCCUACUGCCGCAUCCAGCACAUCCACCAGGGAGAUCUGGGCCAACUCCCACACUUGCUGGAGCUCCGCCUCCAAGGGGCUCAGCUGGUUUCUAUAGAGCCCUUUGCUUUUGCGGGCCUCAAAUCUUUACAACUACUGGAUGUGUCAGAGAACCGACUGGACUCUCUGGAGAAGAGAGUGUUCGCCUCUCUAGACAGCUUGAAGAGGCUUUGUUUGGGUGGAAACCCGUUAGUGUGCGACUGCAGAUUGCUUUGGCUGCUCAACAGCCACAAGCCCCCUUCUCUGCAGAUUUUGGACGUCCAGCCUAAGUGCAGCGCACCUCAGAACCUCACGGGGCAAACUCUCCAGGACCUCAAGGAGCCUCUGGUGUCCAAGUACAUGACCUGCACCAAGCCACGGAUUGGACCCAACACCACACAGCUGCUGAUGGCUGACGAAGGCCAGCCUGCCCGUCUGAGCUGCAUGGCAGAGGGAGCGCCACCGCCCUCUGUGGUCUGGAUUACACCUCACAGACGCUAUAUCACAGCCAAAAGCAGUGGUAGGGUGGAGGUCCGACCAGAUGGUACCCUUGAGAUCAAGGCAGCAGAGCUGCAUGACACCGGGGUGUAUUGGUGUAUUGCCAGUAACCCCGCUGGCAAUGCUAGCCUGUCGGCCUCUUUAGCUGUGAAGACUUUGGGCAUUGGGGAUAGAUCUCACUAUAGCAACAGGAGCACAAAUGAUCUGACAGACUCCAACAGCACAUCGGGGAACAGGACUGCUCUGCGCAACACGGACACCAUAGACAUUAAGACUAUCAUUAUAUCUACAGCCAUGGGCUGCCUGUCCUUCCUAGGUGUGGUCAUCUUCUGCUUCCUGUUUCUGUUUGCCUGGAGCCGAGGGAAAGGACGCCAUAAGAGCAACUUUGAUAUGGAGUAUGUCCCUCGCAAAUCCAACGGGGCUUCAGCAGAGGCAACGGAAACAAGUGGCCCACGGAGGGUCAACAUGAAAAUGAUCUGAAAACAACGCAGACUGACACACACCAUAACGGUGUUAACGGCACAGUGCACACAUAUCAGUUAAAAAAACAAAACGUUUUUUCUAUGACACAGUGGGUUUGUGACAAAUGAAAGUCAUGUACAUUUAUAGUGGGUGUCGAUAUGACGGUGACAUUGUGACAAAGUGGACAUGUGACCAUAAAAGUGAUAUAUGAAACCGUGGACGUGUUUAUAUGAAAUAAUGUUCUCAUACAGUACA